AUGUUGGCCACUGGCGACGACGACUUCGAUGACUUCCAAGCUGCUCCUGGGCAGUAUGGAAAUCCUCCUCCCGCUGCCCCAUUGACUCCUGAGGUUCCUAUCCCGUCGUUGGGAGCCGGCAAGGAGGGCACCCGCCAACCCCUGGCUAGCAACCUGUUUGGAGGAGGGGAUCCAGAGGAGGAGGAGGAGUGGGGCGAUUUUGCGACCGUGCCAGCCAAUGGAUCAGCCGCCCCGCAGCACCAGAGCCUGCCAGCAGCGGCGCCUGCACGGGCGGCGGCGCCGCCUGCUGCCGCCGGCAGCCGCGGAGCCCUGAGAAAGCUUGACGCCGUCUGGUACCUGGAUGGGCGGACGGGGUCAUGGGUGGAAGCCAAGGUCGUUUCUGUCGACGUCUCCAUCCAGCCCCCCAGCUACUGCGUGCAGCUGCGCAGCAACGGCGCGUUCCGGGAGACGGAGCGGCACAGGCUGCGGCCGCUGCUGCCGGGCAUGCCGCCACCGGCAGGAGCGGAGGAAGGGCCAGCACCAGCCUUCGCGGCUCACCCUCCCGCCGCGGGUCACCCUCCCGUCCCUGUGCACAGCGGCGCCAACGGGCAUGCCAUGCCAGCAGCGGCAGCAGCACCAGCACCAGCAGCAGCGCUAGGUGAAGAGGAGGAUGAGUUUGGAGACUUUGCGGCAGCUGCUGCACCGCCGGCGCCGCCUCCCAUGCCCUCGUUUGCACACACACACCCAGCGGCUGCCUCUGUGCUGCCAGCAGCACCACGGGCGGCGCCAGCCUCGCCAUUUGUGGCGCCCGCGGCCCCAGGGGCAGCGGCAGCGGCGCCCGCAGCGGCGCCGCCGCCUGGCUCCCCUCGCCGCCUGCCCAGCAGACGGUCCAGCACAGACGCCGCCUCGCCCGUCCUGCAGCGCUUCCGCAGCUUCCUGCACGCAGCCGCUCCCGGGGUGGCAGAUCAGCUGGAGGCGGAGGAGCGGCAGCAGCAGCAGGUGGCGGCGCAGCAGCAGCAGCAGCAGCAGGAAGAUGAGUUUGGAGAGUUUGAGGGCGGAGGCUUUGCGCCGGCGGCGGAGCAGCAGCCGGCACCGCCGGCGCCCGCGGGGGUGCAGCGCAAUGCGCCGCUGCCUCUGGAUCUGUUUGGAGAUGAGGGUGUGGAGGAUGCGCCGCUUGAGCUGGCGGCAGCAGCGCUUGCAGCACCAGCCCCGAGCUCUGCAGCAGGCGCACUGGCGCACACACGGCAGCAGCAUCAGCAGCAGGCGCACGGCCCGCCGCCGCCUCCGCAGCAGCACCACCUGCCCACCACACUCACCGACCCAGCGGGCAGGCUGUUGGCUGUGGAUUAUGCCGACCGCUUUUUGCGGGCGCCGCCAGGCGCUCUGCCGCCAGCAUGGGAAUCCACAGCAGAGCCGGCGCCAGCAGCAGCUGCGUCGCAUGGGCCAGCUGUGGCUGGUGGCAUGCCCGUGGCGGCACCAGCAGCGGCAGCAGCUGCAGUGGCAGGAGGCUGGGAUGAGGGCGAGGAUGGCGGCUUUGAUGACUUUGUGGGGGCUGAGGGCGAGGCCCAGCCGGUGGCUUCCCAGCAACCAGCGGCACAGCUGCCCGAGCCGGCACCUGCAGCCGGCCCAACAGCAGAGCCGGCAAGCAGCGAGGAGGGCGGUGUGGCAGCAGCAGUGCCUGCACCGCCGCUGCCUCCUGCGGGGGUGCAGCCGGGCACGGUGCUGCCUCUGGAUCUGUUUGGAGAUGAGGGUGUGGAGGAUGUGCCGCUUGAGCUGGUGCCAACAUUGGAAGCACCAGCACCAGCACCAGCCAUGCUCGCAGCAGAGGCUGAGCACGCAGAGCAGCCGGCCGCAGCGCCAGCCAGUCAGCUGGAGCAGCAGCAGCCGGCGUCGCCGCCUCAUCAGCAGCAGCACCCGCCCAGCACACUCACCGACCCAGCAGGCAGGGUGUUGGGUGUGGAUUAUGCCGACCGCUUUGUGCGGGCGCCGCCAGAGCAUGCAGCUGAGCCGACAGGGGCAGGCAGCUGGGAGGAGGAGGAGGAGGAGGAUGCCGGUUUUGGUGACUUUGCAGCCGCUCCAGAGGAAGCUUCAGUUAGAGAUGCACCGCAGGAAGCGCAGCUCGAGGCUGCUCCUUCUGUGGGUGCGCAAGCCAGUUGGGACGAUGGCGCGCAAGCUAGCAGCAGCUUGGAAGCACCACCGCCCUCUCCACCGCCGCCUCCCUCGGGGGUGCAGCCGGGAAUGGCGCUGCCUCUGGACCUGUUUGGAGAUGAGGGUGUGGAGGAUGCGCCGCUUGAGCUGGUGGCAGAGCCGGCGACUGGGGCUGGCGGUGUUGCAGCAGUGGCUGACCAGGUGCAGCAUCAGGCAUGGGAGGAGCAGCAGGCAUGGGAGCAGGAAGAGCAGCAGGCCGAAGGGCAAUCCGAGCUGCCCUUGGCAGGGGUGGUGGCAGCAGCCCCAGCAGCAGCCACUGCAGCAGCAGCCACUGCGGUGGCAGCAGCAGCGGCCGGCGGGUGGGAUGACGACGAGGACGGCGGCUUUGCUGAUUUCAUGGGUGCGGAAGCAGGUUUUGCUAGCCUGGACCAGCAGCCCAGGGAGCAGCAGCUUGCAGAGGAGGCUGCCGUGGAAGCUGGCCCGCCAGGUGGCAGGAUGAGCAGCGACGGACUUGUGUUGGAGACCACCGCAGCGGCGCUGCAUGCGCAGGGCGCUGGCAGCACGCCUGCUGACGACGGCGGCAAGCCAGGGCUAUCUUCAGCUUCGCCUCGGCAACCGCCGGAGCAGGAUCAGCCGGAUUCUCCUCAGAACGGCAUCAGCAAUGACGGCAGCGGCGGCAAGCCUGCGGCGGUGUUGACUGUGCUGCGCCCGCUGUCUGCUCGCAGCAGCCUGGAAGGCGGCAGCCGUCCAGCUGAGCCUGCGCCUGCGGCAGCGCCACAGCAGCCUGGCUGGGCUGCAGCAGGGCCGUCCCUUGGGCCAGCUGGCGCCCAUGUGGCGCCGGGCGAGGAGGCAGCGACAGAGUAUGCAGUCGUAUGGGCUCGGCUGCUGCAGGCCGCGGCGCACCUGCUGCAGGCCUCUGUGGCGGUGUGGGCGGAUGCCAGCGUCGCGGGCAGCUGGCCUGGGCUGGAGCAGCGGCCAGAGGUGCAGCAGCACUUGGCCGCAGUGGGGCAGCUGUACUGUGCGGCAGCCAUAGUCAGGCUGGCUGCGCAGCAGCUGGGCCUGUUCUCUCUGGUGCCGGAGCUGCAGGAGGCUUGGGCCCUGGCUGAGACCGCCUGGCAGAGCAUGCCCCCAGCCGCCGCCAGGCCAGCAGCGGAGGAGCAGCCUGUGGCGGGCGGCUCUCAGGCGGGAGGCGUUAAGCUGGAGGCGGCCGAGGAUGCUGGAGGAGAGGAGCAGGCGCGGCAGGAGCCGCUCGCCGCGCAGCAGCCGCCGUUCCGAGAAGCGGCGCUGGCGGCAUCGCGGGCCUGGGCAACCGCCGCGGCAGCCGGGAAUGGUGGUGGCAGCUGCGCCGGCGGCUUCAGCGAUGCGCAGACUGUGCUGGAGAUUGUGCAGGGCGCUCCCGCGCGGCUGGACGGAAUGAGCCUGGACGACUUCCCUCGCCUGCUCGAGUGGUCAGAAGGGCUGUGCAGCCUUACGCUGCUGCCGCUCAGCCUGUUUGAAGGCCGCCUGCCUGUGGAGCCGUGGGUGGGCUGCCGCCCAUGCCUCGUGCCCCUGGCCAACCUCUGGCUGCACCGCGUGUCACACACACCGCCCCAGCUGGACUGA